AGCACUGUGAGCCCAGCGCCCUGCAAACCAAAACACGAGGUUGUGAGCAAAAUUAUGUAGUGUUUUGUGCAAAGAAGAGGACAGUAAAGCAGAGCAGGUGUUGCAUGUUUUUUAAAUGGGAAAUCUGUUGGGCAGCUGGCGUUUCAGGGAGCCGAGCACCGUUGAGGAAUGCGACUCGACGUGGGGGUCGGACUCAGAGAGCGACGAGCCGGCGGCUGAAGAUGACAGCGGCAUCUCCGACUCCGUCAGCCCGACGGAGAGCGACCGGAUCGGAGACACAUCCCCGCAGCUGAUUGACUCCCCAGAGUCUGUUCCAAAGAUGAAGAGGAGUUUCUAUGCUGCCAGGGACCUCUACAAAUACCGUCACAGCUACCCGAACUACAAAAGGUCCCGUCAACCCAACGAGUACCGUAACCUGCGCUUCUACCUGAACAAGAUCCCUCUAGUACCUGAUGGUAUUUAUAUAGAGGAGAUUCUGUCUAAGUGGAGAGGCGACUACGACAAACUGGAGCACAAUCACACCUACAUUCAGUGGCUGUUCCCAUUAAGAGAACAAGGGCUCAACUUCUACGCACAUGAACUGACUCAGGACGAGAUCAAAGAAUUCCAAAGCACUCGUGAAGCUAAGCGGAGAUUCGUGGCGGCCUACUCCCUGAUGUUGGACUUCUAUGGCAUCAAACUGCUGGAUAAGAGCGGAAAUGUUGCUCGGGCUCCAAACUGGCAGGAGCGCUUCCAGCACCUUAAUGAGUCCCAGCACAACUACCUGCGAAUCACUCGUAUCCUGAAGUCCCUGGGCGAACUGGGCUAUGAGGCCUUCAAGGCUCCACUGGUUCGCCUCUUCUUGGAGGAAUCGCUGUGUCACAACACCAUUCCAAACAUGCAGCACAGCGUCCUGGAGUACUAUGUCUACACCAUUCGCCUCCCGGCCACCCGCAGACGCCUGCUUCGCUAUGCUCGCCAGCACUACAGGCCUUCCCAUGCCUUCCUCUGGGGUCCACCACCUAAAAGGCGAGGUGGAGGUGUUGGUACUGCAGGUAGUGUGGGUGCUGGAAGUAGUGGGAUCAGAGCACCUGCUCCAACACCAGAGCAACAGAGGAGAGAGGAGGAGAGCACUACCUCCACCUCUACAAGAAGCAGGAUUAUUGUGUCUUCCCAUGAUGCCGUGAUGUGCCAGGACCUGGCUGGAGGAGGACUGAAGGGCUGCACAGGAUCUGGGUCAAAUAUGGCCGGACUGGAGGAAGCGCUGAUGUUAGCAGGAGCUAGAGGAGGGAGGAAUGAGUACAAUGAAGUUGUCCCUUUGGGCAGACACGAGAGGAGGACUGGCUGAAAAGGGCAAGGGCGGGCUAGUUUGUCAUAGCAAUACCUGCAAACCAUAUUUUUUUGAGACUGACUUGAAAUCCUUGUAAUAGUAAUAGCAGGCACAACUCAGUAUUUAUCUGCUCUGCAAUUUUACUGUCUACAAGCUGAAGGUAGUUGCUCCUUCUGAAAAACAGAACUAUAGAGCAAAAAAAAUAAAUAAAUAAAAGACUUGAUUGUUGGUGAUUGGAAAAAUAUUGGAAACAGUUAAGGAUAGAGGCGUUUACAGGCCCUUGUGGCACUUGUGGCACCACAGAUUGCAGCAAAUUGCAGCCUCCAAAAUGAUCAUACAGUUGAAUCAGCACAUCUUAACACAGUUUUAACAAAGACUUAACAUAACACCCUUCAUGAAGAGAAGAUUUAUGACAGAAUUGUUGUAUUAGACAGCAUUAGUUUUAUCAGGGUGGAAGAUGGCUGCUGCUGCCUCAAGGGAAAGGGGGUAGUGCUUUGUCUGUUUCAAAAUGUAGGUUAGUGUGACACAGUAAACUCUCUCUCUCUUUUUUAACUCUAGUCUCUACUCAAAAGUGAUCCUAUUUGACUUUAAGAUAAAUAACUAGCUAGCAAACUAAUUUAGAGUCCACUGGUGGGGGUCGUUUCAGGAAGACACAUUUGCUAGUGCUAAUGGAGCUACGUUAGCUAGCCAGUGUAGCAGUGAUUAGCAAAUCACUGGUUAAAAAAAAAAAGGUUUUUAAUAAAUAAGAACUAUCACUUUUUUCACUCACUAAUUUGAAGUAAUUAUACACAGCCUAACUGUAAAUUGUAUUGCAAUGUAAUUGUAGACACUAUUAUAAAUAUAUACAUAAAUAAAAAAUAAUAAUAAUUUCAGAACAAAUAUUUAUUUUUUCCCAAUUGAAAAUCAAAUUUUAAAUUUCAAAUCAAAAAAUUGACAGCCCUGCUGUGGUUUUAUGGCUGACAUUAUUGACAAAAUCAUCCAUGAUAAUUUGUCAUCAGAGCAUCUCCAACAUGGCUGCCAAAGGGUUUAUUGUGCCACCUAAAAGUCUUCUAUACUUAACUGAACAAUGUGAUUGGAUGUGGCUUGUGAAUGAACUUAAGGUGAUGUGUGAUGUGUGUUGCACUUUUUUGACAAUCUGUGUCUUCCGGUUGAAAGCGCUGUAGGUUUAUCCAAAUCGUUGAUCUACAUAUAUAAUCUACAAAUGGUCAGGAACUUGCUUCAUCACAAACACGAUUCAUUGUUCUUACCUUGCAAUAAUUUGGCUGAUUGAUAUGUAAAAUUGAACAUCCAUGUUCCAGGUUAUACAUAGCCUAUGUAGUUUUCAAAAAGGUUACAAGUACAGUAUUAUGUGGUGAUGCUGCUGACUUUGUCCUCUGAAUACGACAGAUAAAAGCUUCUAGGUGUAAGUUUGUAGAAGUGUAGCUGCUGAUAUUUUUGCUAGUCAGUAUCUUACAAUUUGUACAUUUACAUGCUCCACAAUUAUACUAUUUCCCCUACAUCUGUACUCCAAUCAGAGUGCAGGAGCCACUAGCAUGUAGACUGUUAUUCUAACUGAACUUUCCACUAACAGCCAGGCUUUUAUUCUGUUUUAAUUAAGAUCGUCAGGUUCCCAAGGCAUAGUGAAGGCGAUUUUACAGCAGAUUUUACGCUCAUUUAUGAAAAGCUGUGUAACCAUCAUAUCAUCACCCUCCUCAUAUCAUGAGCUGACAGCAUCGCCUUGCUACUCUUUAGUUUUUGAUUAAAGGCCAAUAUUUGCCUGAAGUUAAAGCAAUUUUGUUGAAUCCUAGGUAUCAUUUCAAACACAGGCAACUGGGUUCCUGGUUGCAAUAGAUAUCUGUGAAAUUAAAAGCCAUGUGAAGUGUGAGGCAGCAAUGGUGCAUACGAUCGGGAUUUUUACGCUGUUCUUCCUGUAGGAUAAGGCCUGCUUUUCAUUAUCUGACAAGGUCUCUACAUCGCUUCCCAGCCAAGUGUAUCUGAUAUAAUUGUAAAAAUAACUUUUCAGGUGAAUUGUGCGAUAACAUGGGCUCAAGUAUCCGAAUUUUUAGUAUAUUGUAUGUACAUAUAUGUGUGCGAGUGUAUAUCAGAUAUUCUUAAGUGCCUCUUUCGUAUUUUUUAGGUUUAACUGUAUGUUGUAAGGAGUGUCUUUCCCAGAUAAUUUCCUGUACAUCCUGUUUCUUGUACAGCAUUUUGAUAUUUACAUUAUUGUUUUCAUUCUAGUCAUAUACAAUACAGUAUCAGUAGUAUUAAUGUACAGUAACAGCAGGAAUAAAUCUAAUAAGAAUUGGUAUAGAAGACAAGUUGAUAAUAUAUACUUGAAUUGUUUGUAUCUGACUUAUUGAUUAAAAUGUGAUUGUUCCAUAGAUGACUAUUCACUAUGCUUGACGAACACACCUGUGUGUUUCUCAGUGUUUUUCAGCAUAGGCCACAAUACCUGGAUUUUUGCCCUAAAAUGUGAAGUUUGCCACACUUAAAUAAAACUGGGGAUGUGGAC